AUGGCUUACACUGACUUUCAUCGACCGCAUCAUGAUUCGUACCCAUCCCCUGUUUUUCUGGACUCAGAUGGAUCACCGGUCUAUGAAGGGCCCCACCAAGGUUUACUUUCCCGAAUCAUCUCACGAAACGAUUUAGUGGCUCUGAAGUCGUACAAUGAUUGCGCUCAUACCAAUGUGUUCUGGAAAACGUACGAGUUCGAUGAAAGCAAUCCGUUUCACAUUGCCAUCCACAGCGACAAUUUCGAUAUUCUGCGUGAGCUCGUACGAAUCUAUUCCUCGAAUACAAGCUUGACAGAGCCCUUGCAAGACUACAUCAAACGCCAUAACGUCUCUCCUGUUGUCAAAGCUUGUGCAACGGGCAACCAAGAGAUGGUGCUCUGGUUGAUGAAUCAUGAUCCCUCGUUAGGGACGUUGGAAGAUCGUGACUCGGAAGGUCGAACCGCCAUUUUCAGAGCAGUCGAGGGUUUGAAAAAAGUGGGGACUCUGAUGAUGCAAGCACAAUAUGAAAGAAAUGAAGCGCUUCCAAGGCAAAAGCUCGAUCAACGUUGGGAGCGCAUGGAGCCAUUUAUUGGUUGGCUUCUGAACUUGAACUGUCCUAUGGAGGUGGAAGAUGACAAGAACGAGGAAAAGGAAAAGAAUGACCUCAAUGGCAAACAGCUGCCAAAGGACGAAUGCGAGUACCCUAGUGUCCUACCUGAAACUGUACUCGGUGAAGCUGUCACCCACGCAAGCUACAAUCUAGUCUCACGUCUGAUUUCCAAAGGAGCAGACCCUUAUGAAUACCAGAGAUGGUAUGGCGGCAAUCGCUUUGCUAUAGAGUAUGCCGAAAAAACAACACCAUUGCAUAUUGCUGCAUUGUACGGCAAUGUGGAAGCCAUAAAAGCUCUGCUUGAGCAUCAAUUCUCUGAAAAGAACACAAAUAUGAUGUCUAUCCUCGAUGACGAGGGACGAAUUCCGCUACAUUGGGCCCUGGCUGGCGUUGCAGGAGUCUAUGCGGAAAUGGUUGACUCCGAUAAGAUCACGUCGCGGGUGGCAGCUACUGUCAAACUACUUCUUGAUUCCAACCUAGAUACCCUACACGCCCGAGACAAGGUUAACGCUACGGUCUUUCAUUACGCAGUCAAAAACAACACAGGUAAUGGGGCAAAUAUUGAGGCCCUAACCAUACUUCUGGGCGCUGCCGGGGAUUGUUCGGAUAUACUUAACUUCCGAACUGCUUCUGGGGCCACUGCUCUUGGAGACCUAAUUGAAUCUCACCAACUCAUUCCCGGGGGUCUGAAACACGUGGAAGAGAUUACAGGGCUUCUACUGAAACACGGAGCUGAUGCGCGGAGAUGUGACGAAGCUGGAGGAAAUAUUCUGCAAAGAUUGUGCAGCCUUGUCUGGUUGGAGCCAAUCAGCUCGAGCUUGAUAGACCAAUUACUCCAGCAAGUUGAUGUCAACGAGAAGGAUGACUGUGGCUGUACAGCUCUCCACUAUCUCAUAAAAAACUUCGAUCAAGCCGAUGCUGUCCGAUACCUUCUAAGUCAAGGUGCAGAUGUGAAUGCAAUUGACCAGGAAGGAAACACUCCCCUUCACGAAGUGAUGAAGGGUUCAAUGCUUCGGAAACAGGAUGACCCUGUAGGCCUUGAGCCACUUCCCAUGCGCCUCAAGAAUGCACGGGAUGAGAUCAUUCAAAUACUAUUGACUGCUGGGGCAUCUGAAGAUAUUCUCAAUGGAAAUGGAGAAACACCAAGGCAAGUACAGAAAAGAGUCAUAGAAGAACGCGCUCGUCGACUGGCGGCGCAGCAAGUCGCCCGCGGAAGGGGUCGAGGAAGAGCAGUUCGGUAG